AUGUUCCGCGGCCCUCGCGAUACCUCGGGUCCCAUGGACGUAGACGACUCUCACCCCCUCGGCCGCAUAGCAGAGUACGCUAUUGAUACAGAGGAGCCAGCUCGCAAGCGCCCCCACACCGACCUCUCCAACCCGUCGCCGUCCAAUCCCUUCGCCUCGGCCCAGAACUACCGUUUUGGGCCCAACACCCCCUUCCUCUUCCACGCUCCGCCGUUGCCCCCAGCACCGACGUUUCGCCCGUACGACCCGAACCAGUGGGCCAACACCGACUUUGGUUUCGGCACCAGCUCGAGCGCUGGCGCCGUUGAUGUCGAGGUCGACAUGGACGGCCAUGUCCACGCUGGAGCCAGUGGAAGCGGCAGCGCGCCUGGCAGCCCUGCGCGACCAGCCGUCAGCGUCAGCGCAUCGCAUGCGACAGCCGCGGCGCCAGCCAACCCUCCACCAGACGUUUCGGAGGCAGCCGACGACGAGCGGCCCAUUGCGGUCGGAGCAGUAGCGAGGGUGCGUCGGCGCAGGAUGCAGCAGGCCCGCGUCGACGACGACGACGAGGAUGCGCCCGGGCCAAAGAACAACAACAACAACAAUAACAAGGCCGUCAGUCGCCGCCGUGGGCGUAACGAGCACACGUACAAUCUGCACAUGAACGCGCCAGCGGUGCAUCAUUCCGAGAUCCCCGCCAUCCUCCUUGGCUACGUCCAAUUUGUCUUCAACGCCUCGCUCGUGGUCGGUUUCCUGUACGUUGCGAGCCAGUUUAUUCUCGCAGUACGCCGCGACGUGCAGGAACGUAUUGAAGAGUACUCUGUCGAAAUCCUCCAGGAGAUUGCGCAGUGCACGCAGGCCUACUUCACCAACCGCUGCGACCCAAACCUCCGUGUUCCGGCCAUGGAGCAGGCAUGCUCCGCCUGGGAGAUGUGCAUGAACCGUGACCCCAAGGUCGUUGGACGCGCGCGCGUCGGUGCCGAGACAUUUGCUGGGGUCAUCAACUCGUUUGUGGACCCCAUCUCGUGGAAGACGAUGGGCUUUACACUGGUCACGUUGACGUUCCUCAUCAUCCUGACCAACUCGGCUCUGUUCAACCUGCGCGCCAAGCACCAGCAUCAGCAUCAGCAGCAGCCUCCGGUCCCGACUGCGGCUCAGCAGCAGGCCAUGAUGUACGGGUACCACCCGAUGAUGGGUCUGCCCGGGAUGCCGCAGCAGCAGCCAGGCAUGCAGCUGCCUCCUGGGCUGCAAGGCGGUGGUGACGGUGGGAGCACUGGGGGCAAGGCGCUUGGGUGGUUGAAGAAGUGGUAA